AUGUCGACCUUUAAUAUUUCUAUUAAGAAUGCCGGGAAAUUAUACGAUAUUGAGCUUGAAUCGAAUGAUACUGGAUUAAAGUUCAAAGAGAGGAUUCAUGAAUUGACAAAUAUUCCAGUCGAAAGACAAAAGAUUUUGAUCAAGGGGGGUAAGCUAAACGAUGAUGCUACCGUAUCAUCUUUGAACUUAAAUUUGAAACAACCAAUUAUGGUUUUAGGAACUCCGGACAAGGGUUUGCCAUCUAAACCAGCAGAAAAGCAUGUGUUUAUAGAGGAUUUGAACCAAAACCAAUUGAAUAAGGUCGGAAUGGAGCCAUCUGGGUUAGUGAACUUAGGGAACACUUGUUACUUGAAUUCUUCGUUGCAAACUUUAUUUCAGAUCAAUGAGGUGACUGACAGAUUAAGUAAAUUUGAAUCAACAAACGGGGUAAACAGAACUCCUACCGAGUCGUUAACCGUUUCAUUAAAAGGUGUGUUUCAACAGAUGUUGAAGAAACAUGAAAGUGUUAACCCAAUGUUAUUUUUGACACUUUUUAGAAAUGUAUAUCCUCAAUUUGCUGAACAAGAGAGAGGCUUUUUUAAGCAGCAAGAUGCAGAGGAGGCAUUUUCUCAAAUUUUGAACGCCUUGGGCCAAACAUUGAAGGUUGGUGAUCUUUUCAGAUUAUCAUUCAAAACGGAACAGAAAUGUUUAGCAUUACCAGAAGAAACUCCUAAAAUUGAUUACGAAGAUGCUUUUAAGCUCAAUUGUCACAUAAAUAUUAAAACAAAUUUCUUAAAGGAUGGGAUUUUAGAUGGUUUAAAAGAAUCUAUAGAAAAGUAUAAUGACACAUUACAAUCUAAUACUGAGUAUGAAUUACGCAGAACCAUUACUAGAUUACCAAAAUUCUUAACGGUUCAUUUUGUUAGAUUCUUCUGGAGGAGAGAUACACAAAAGAAAUCGAAGAUUUUAAGGAGAGUACAAUUCCCAUUUGAAUUAGAUGUUGCCGAUAUGUUAGAUGAAUCAAUAAAGGAAGAAAAAGUGUCAAUAAGAGACAAAAUCAGAAAGGUUGAGAAGGAGAACUUGGAUAUGAUUCGUGAUUUUAAGAAAGCCAAGAAUGAAUCUACCUCGAACCCAAUUGAACAGCAAGAAGAGGAAAAUAUGAAGUUGCUUUCAAUCAAGUCUAAAUUCAACGAUGAUUUGAAACAAGUAUUACCUUCGAACGUUAACUUGGAGGAAACGACCGAAAACCCCUCGUCAGUUUAUGAGCUUAGUGCGAUCAUCACCCACAGUGGUUCUUCAGCCGAUUCAGGCCAUUAUCAAUCGUUUGUUAAAGAUCAAAACGACUUGGAUGGAAAUAAAUGGUGGAAGUUUAAUGAUGAUAAGGUGAGCUCGGUUACUAGAGAAAAAAUCGAAACCUUAGCCGGUGGUGGGGAAAGCGACAGUGCUUUGAUUUUAGUAUAUAAGGGCGUAGGAUUAUAA